UCGGUGAAGCACGUUAUUUUAACUUCUUCAAUUGCUGCUGUUACAUUUAAUGGAAGGCUUCUGACUCCUAAAGCAGUAGUUGAUGACACCUGGUUUUUUGAUCACGAACUUCGUAAGGAGUCGAAGGAGAAGAAGCCUUAUUCCGAUAAAGUUGCUAAGCUUAAAGCAGAAUAUGAGAAGGCUAUGGAAAGUUAUAAUGCUGCUGAAGCAGGAGGAGAAAAGGGAGAAGGAGAGCAUGAAGAGGGCUAAUAAGGAGUAAAGUCUACUGGUUGCUAUACACAAGAGCUUAAUUGUUUCUAGUGUAGUGUUGAAAAUGUUUGUAUGCACUUUACUGGGGGGGAGGGGUUUAUCAUUUAGAUGUUAGUACUGUUCAAAUGCCUUUGCGCUGUAAAAUCUUUGUGUUGGCCUCUUGGAAUAUUCUUCAAAGGCACUUGGUUUAUACU